AUGGCAAGGAUUCAAGCAAUAUACAUAUUAUUAGUAAUGACAAUGUUUGUGUUUGACACAUAUGCGACACGCCCAGAACCUCCCGAAGAGCAACCCAGUCCCGGUACUUUGAAGUCUGAUAUAAAGUUAACAGAUAAACAAGAGGAAGCUAGGAAAGAAAUUGUAGUUUCGAAGACAAGUGGCGUGGAAGAUAGAAAAGCUCACGCUUCUCUUACAAAGCGUUGGUCAAAUGCAAAAGUGCCAUAUAUGAUAAUGCCUUCAAGUAAGUGUUGGUCUCACGUUGGUUACACUGGUCUACUCCGGCAACAGGUUUCAAUAGGAUUUAGCUGUGCAACUAAAAGAACUAUAGCUCAUGAAAUUGGUCAUGCAAUAGGAUUUUGGCAUGAACAAACUCGAUGGGAUAGAAUCAAUUAUAUUACAGUUCACUAUGAAAAUGUUAUACCCGGUGAAAAGCACAACUUCGAUGUAACUGAUAAGCAAUUACUCAACACAUACAACGUGCCAUACGACAUUGGAUCAGUGAUGCAUUUUGGGGCCAAAGAUCAAGAUUCAAUUAAUUUACACUGUGUUUUUAUUGUGUUUUUCACAUUGCACUGUAAAGCAGGAGUUAAAGUCAGUACCGAAUCAACACUUCCGACCAAUACUCAGUGUGAAUUCCCGUACAAAGUUAAUAGCGAGGCUAGUUUGAAUUGGGCAAGGUCUGCAUUACUCGCAAAUGGAGAUACUAACAAUUACUGGAUUGAUGGUACUAUUGAAGGUAGCUUAAUUACAUUCAGUGAUGGCUUAAGAAUGACGGCUGACCCAUCAUUAUUUCACGAUAAUGAACCCGACGGAAGUGGCUCUUGUCUUCAUUUGCGGUGGUUGAGUAACUGGAUACAUCAUGCAACAAGCAGCAAAACAAUGCCUGUGAUUAGUGCAGUCCCAUCACUUCCAGGAAAUGCUCAGUGUGAAUCUGGAUCUCUUCACCAAAUUACUGAUCAAGCCAGUUUGGAACGUGCUCAGGUUGUAAUUGCAACAAAUGGAGUAAAUAUAAAUUUCUGGGUUGAUGGCAGGAUUUCAGACAAUAUAAUUACCUACAGUGACGGUUCCAAAAUCUCAGUUGAUCCGGCACUGUUUCAACCAAAUGAACCCGACGGUGAUGGUUCUUGUCUCAUAUUGUGGUGGUACAACGUUGAUCCAAAUCGUCCAACUAUCAUCGCAGCUGAUGCAUCCACUACAGGCAACGGUGCAGUAUUAAUGAAAAUACAAGAUAAUGGAAAACGAUGCCCUAUUUGCUACGCUUCGCGAUCUCUCGGCGAUACAGAUAAACGAUAUGCGGUCGUAGAAAAAGAAGUACCUGCAGCAAUUUUGGCAUGUGAAAAAUUCACUGAUUAUGUACUCGGAAUGUACUUCACACCAGAAACAGAUCAUACACUUCUAAUGCCACUUCUUAACACUACGGGAUUUACAGGAAUGUCACCUCACAUACUACACCCCCCGCCACAAUUGCCAGUACUUCCAAGUUUAAAAAAGCAACUUAAAAAGGCACUGGUUAUCUACGAUGUAAACUAUCUCGUACAACCAGAUAAAAAUAUUGAAAGACGGCACAAGAAAUCAAUUCGACGUAAAAAUGGAAUGGAUAAACAUUGUCUUGACUUGUAUCUGCCGACACGUCCACUUCCAUACGUGUCCCUGAAUGGAGGUCAAACAUAUACAGGAGUGGCUUCUCCUCCAGUCGUAGUUUUUGUACAUGGCGGGGGCUGGCGACGUGGAGACAGACAAUCUUGGAAUCAUUUUAUGUCCUCCUACGAUACUAAUUUACUCAUGUACUUUUUACAGCGAUAUUACGGGACAUAUUCCAAUGUCGGCGAGACUUUCGCAAAACGCGGUAUCGCUUGCGCCGUGAUAUCGUACCCAUUAAGCCGACUUCAACUUUCAUUUGUCCUUGUAGAGAUGUUUUUGUCUUUUGUUAUGUCCAUCGCGUCAGUUGGGAUUUUGUUAACGCUGGCAGUUUGUCUUGCUCAAUUGUUGCUUUUUAUUACAACCGGUAAUUUUGGCGUUCAAUAUUUUGUACAAUUUGCAGUGUUUCAUGGCGCAAUGUCAACCCCUGUAUUGUCAACAUUGUGUAUUUAUGUGGGGUUGUCUCAGAUCGUGGUAUGGAUAAUCGCACUGUGCCUUCACAGAAAGAACUACCCUUCCUUGCGACCACACUCAGUUGCCUUAAUCACCGUAUUCGCCGGUCUCUGUGGGUACCUGUGCACGAAAUACGACUUAUUGAGCAUCGAACAUUCUAUAUCUCUGUCGUCAGUGUUGUUGGUAUUCUUGUCCCAGGUGAUUCUGCUUACGGUCUAUUUUGCCGAUGUCCCCACACUGAAACACCCAUCACAGAUAAGAUCCAUCGCGCAGAGCAUACGGUGGGUUCGUAAAUAUGGAAUAAUAACCAAACUCUUUAACAUUCGUAAAUUAUUCCUCUGUGGCUACUCGGCAGGUGGUCAUAUGGUAUCGUUUCUAACGCUAAAUUCUGAUGUUUACCUACAAGAAGUCGGCCUCGAUCUCUGCGAUAUCAAGGGGGUGAUAUCAAUAUCUGGAAUAUACAAUCUGCAUAGCCUUGCAGAAGGAAGUCGAUGUUUACAAGAAUUGUAUCUCACCCCCACCUUUGAAUCCAAACCAAGCUGUUGGACAAUUGCUUCACCAGUUACAUACAUUAAAUACUCCCUAAAUGAUAUGCCACGAUUUCUCAUCACAAAUGCCGAGUGGGAUUUUGGGCUUGAUAAAGAUGCAAGAGAAUUUGUGAUGAAAUUACAGAAUCAUGGUUAUCAAUGUGAAUAUCACGUAAUAAAAGGCAGCUCCCACUUUAGUCUUGCAAUGCUUUUUGGACAAAACGGUCAAACCCUUCACAAAAUUUGUAUUAGGUUUAUUGAUACAGUUCUUCAACAAAACAAAACCACAGAGUUAUAAAUUAUGCAAAUUAGAUAAAUC